AUGAGUUGUCCAUUUCAAGGGUAAGUCCUACAUUCUUUUAAAUGCUCUUGGUUCGCAAUAUGAUUAUCCAUAAUUAUGUAACUGCAGGGGAAACUAAUAAAUCAUCUUGAACAUUCGUGAAUAUUUGACGUCUACGAAAUGCAUUAUUUUAUCCCUUCAACGCUCAAUUCCCCACAGUAAAACGAGAUGGUUAUUUCAUGCUUUAUUUGUAUGAGCUUAUUCGAUAGCUGAGUUGUUAAAAUGUUCACUUGACAUAAAAAGAUGUUAUAUUUAUAUAUAAAACGACAUUAUACUUGAAAAUACAUCAAUAUAUAGCCAUCAGGUAAGUAAAUUUGUUUAUUUAACUGCAUUUUACUCUUUUACAAGGUAAAUUUUGUUUAUUUAGCUGUUUUAAAAUCAUUUACAACAUAUAUUAAACAGUGUACGACUGUGGGCCGCCUGUGAUAACAGUGGCAUAUCUGGCCUCAUUUGUUAGCUAAAGGACUAAGAGGAGGUGGACGUCUUUAGAGAAGCAUUGCCAGGUGUUCCAACUUUACAUCUCUGAAAAUCAGGAGGUCCGGUCAAGAGACACGAAAUGUUCUUUUGCUUCGACCUUGAGUGUAGCAAAUUUGAAGAACGGCCAGUACGUACUCGAAAGUGGGAUUAUUUCAUUGGUCUUCAUUCCAAGAGAUUUAAUUAAAAAGAAAAUUGUCCAGUUUUAACGCCAUUUUAGCCUGAUACACAAAAUGUCUUUGUGGGCCCGCGGUGCCCGCACGUCCAGAUCACACGUCACUGGCGGAAGUUUCAUUCAAAGUUUAGCGUACUUUAUGACGACAAUGGCCUGACCAUUAGAUUUUUUUUCGAAUCUGUUCGUGAUUUUGGACGGUUUUCCACAGGGAUGUGAUUUAAUUGUUUCAUUAAUCAUACAAUCGGGAGGUUUAAAUUUAAACCAUGAGUUCUAGGGUGCUGGACACCAGUAGGGGAUAGGGGUGUGCACCCUUUGCAACCCCCCUCCAGUACAUCUGCAUGUCUCUAUGGGAUAUCAAAAGAGGGUCCUGAAGGGGGAAGUUUUAACCCAGCUCUUCAGAUCCAUUCAUCGCUAGAGUCCAUGCACAUGCACUGUGAGUGCUUUCAUCCAAUCAUAAUGCUCAACAAUUCAUUUUACUUAGGGGCCCUUUACAUGUGCCCAGCUGAUUAUCAACCUGGGUCAGUGCACCACACUGGUCGAUUGCUAUUUUGUUAUUAUGUUUACAUGUUUAACUGCAGUAAGCAUGCCAGGGUAAUAUUUAGCAGGCUAUGCUUAAUUGACGAUGCUUUCUAGGCAGUUCAUUCCUGAACUGGACUGCUUAGAAGCUACCUAACUCUAUACCUGUCACGUUUUAGGAAGACUAAUUACUAUUUUUAGACUUUUGUAAUUUUGUAUUCUUUUGUAUUCUAUUUUUAAACUUAACCCUAACCCUUACUCUUUUCCUUCCUUGGGCUUGGGUGCAGACCGUUCUUAACAAUUAAAUCAAGUCAAGUCACCAGUCAUUUCUUGCAAGUCCAAGUCAUUUUGUCUAUUACUGAGUCAAGUUGCAAGUCAUUCUGUUCAAUCUUUUCAUGACAAUUAGUAUACUGUAGCUCGCACUGCAAUAUGCCAAUUUGUCUGAGCACUAUAGUCAUUGUGAAUUGACGAAUUUCCAUACAGGUCCUAGACUAGUUGUAGAAAGUUAAUUUUCACUGGAUAUUUACGACUUUAAUUUAAUGUACGUUUGACUUGCGUUGGUAACAAAUCAUUUGUUGCAAGUAUCAUUAAUUGCAUCCACUUUAAGUGCACGAAAUAUUUUCGCGGCGCGCGACUUAACUGGUUUGGCCUGGUUUGGCCUCCUAGUGUAGUAUAAUACUGUUUUAGGAGUAUUUCAUUAAAGCAUUAAAGGAGGAUCAGUGUUUCAAUUGUCCUGUUCCCGAAGAAACAUGUUCGGCUGGAGACAUUGACGGAAUUUUUUGUUGUACUAUUGCAGUGUCAGAAUAAUAUAUGUAACUAGUUUUUCAUUUCUUCCGCGAUCUUCACGAUCUUCCUAGCAGUUUGAAAAAUGCGGAUUGUGAUAUAUUUGCAAACGAUACCCAAAUAGGAGUUGCAGGUAAAGACCCGAAAUCAAGUACCAAAACGCUAAACAGUGAUUUAACAAAUAUUUCAGAUUGGAUGGCAGCCAAUAAAUUAAGCUUAAAAGCAAAACUGAGUAUAUGAUUAUUGGUUCCCACCAGAAUCUUAAAAAAUGGAACUUUGAUUUUCGGAUUGUGAUUGGUAAUACGCCUAUUAAGCGAGUUAGCACCACUAAAUCACUGGGUGUAAUACUAUUAAGCGAGUUAGCACCACUAAAUCACUGGGUGUGAUGAUCGACGAGACUUUAACCAGGCGUUCUCAAGUGGAUCUUAUAACCAUAAAAGUAAACAAGAGUCCUUAUGUCCUCAGACGAUUGAGGGUAUUCACGGACUUAAAGACUCUUGCUACUGCAUACAAAACUCUAGUCCAACCACCCUUUGACUACUGCUCACAAGUUUGGGGGAGCCUUGGAUCACCCUCCAAAAUAAAUUGCAGCGGUUACAACUGAAUAGGGCAGUACGUAUUAUUACAAAGCGUGGAUAUUACUACAGAUCAGUAGACAUACUUAAUAAUGAGAUCUAAUGAGUUAGAGUUACGAAAUUUAAAUGUAAGAACACACAAUCAAUUAAUAUGUAAUAUAAUGUAUAAAGUUAAUAACAAUGAGGUACCUGACUAUCUCAGUGUCGAUCUAUUUACUAAAACAAGUUCAUCUCAUGGUUAUGAAACUAGACAGGCCGAAUUUAAUUUUGUGCCCCUGAAACCAAAUACGAACUUUUGUAAAAAAUCAUUUUCAUAUAGAGGUGCUGUGGCUGGGAACAAAUUACCGACUAAUUUAAAAGGCUUAGUACCAAAUAAUUGAGUGUACAACUGUAAUACUUUUUAACUCUCAUUUUUGCUAUGUAUACUAGUAAGUGAAUACUUUUGUAAAUAUGCAUGUGCACGGCCUAUAUUGGAAAAUCACUUCUCAUUUUGUAAAUCAGAUUCUUAACUUUAUUGUGAAAAAUAGCACCGUGGGUAAAUAAAGUCAUUAUUAUUAUAGUUCUGAAAUGGACGUAUUAGUAUAACUGUAAAAUACACGUAAUAUUGAUGCUGUGUAAGUGCAUUACAUUUUUUCAUUAAUUUUAGUUUUAAUUAAUCUGUUAAAUAUACAUUGUUCAUGUUUCGACAGGGAUGAUGUCACCGAUACGGGUUUACGGCCAGGACAAGUUGGCUACAAUGAUUAUCUCAAGGUAAUAUAAUCAGGUUUGAAGAAAUACUUUAUAAUUAUAACAAACUGCACUGACUAAGCUGCACUGUAAAUUCAACUCUUUGAAAUUUACAGUAUGUGAAGCAUUCGUACAGAAGUACAGAACAGACCACAAGUGUUGUCCUUCAUUCAUUUUAGAUCUCAGAUCUUUUGAAAUUUCAAAUACCUCUAAGUGAGAAAGUUGAACAUAACUUGGUGCAUGAUGAAUAUCUUUUCAUCAUUAUUCAUCAAA